GAGUCUGGAGGUCACGCCGCCCUGACGCAAGGCGCCGGAAGGCGUGCGUGCACUGCGUCUCCGCCGUCAAUGCAAACGAAGUAAGAGGCACCGAGAGUCAAAGCUAAAAACCGCAUUCAAGACAAGAUGGCAGGGUUGCCCCGCAGGAUCAUUAAGGAAACGCAGCGUUUGUUGGCAGAACCAGUGCCAGGUAUUAAAGCAGAGCCGGAUGAAGGGAACGCUCGCUACUUCCAUGUGGUCAUUGCCGGACCUCAAGACUCCCCCUUUGAGGGAGGAACUUUUAAACUUGAACUAUUUCUUCCUGAAGAAUAUCCCAUGGCAGCUCCGAAAGUACGAUUCAUGACCAAAAUAUAUCACCCUAAUGUAGACAAGCUGGGAAGAAUAUGUCUAGAUAUUUUGAAAGAUAAAUGGUCUCCAGCCUUGCAGAUCCGCACAGUGCUGCUAUCAAUCCAAGCAUUACUAAGUGCUCCCAACCCUGAUGAUCCUCUAGCAAAUGAUGUCGCAGAGCAGUGGAAGAGUAAUGAAGCUCAAGCCAUAGAGACAGCCCGAACAUGGACCAGGCUUUACGCCGGAAACAAUAUUGAAGUCUAGAAAUGUACGGCGGGGUGAGGGAAGACAAAAAUGAAAGAGUGAACACCAUGCUCUGCCAAGACCAAUUCAUUUUUCAUGUAAAGGACACAGUCUUAGGGAAAAAUUGAUAAACUAAAGCAUAUAUUAACAAAGCAUAAACGAGAGAACUGCAAGCAAUUUGUGAUUUAAAUGCACAUUAGUUAAAAAAUGUUCGUUCUGAUUCACUGCUGUUCAGAUGCAUGGGCAGACCUACUCAUACAGCUUUCUUUUAGUGUGGAUGGGGAGGUGGUCACAGACUUUUGCUAUGAAGUGUGCAUUAAAACUGACUGUCAUUUGUGUCCCAUGUUUUUUUUUUUUUUUGGAGGGGGGUUACGUUUUAUAUUUCUUUUAACUUUUUUCUUAUGUUGAUAAUGAGGAAGCAGCAGACUAGGCCCUGUUUAGAGCACUGUUUCUGUCAAACUGCAGAUUGACCACCUAGUAAAAUGUUUAAAUUAACAAAAACCGAAAAGAGACAUAAAAUAUAAACUCAACGUAUGCAGCAAUUUAACCCGGGGAAAUAAUUCAAAUGGAAAGAUCCUUCACAGAAACUGGGACAUUUGUAGACCCUAAUGUAGAUUUAUGUUUCGGAGUAUGGGCAAGGUAGAGCUAUGAUAGAGAAGGGAGAUUUAGCAUAUUUCUUUUUUAGCAUAACAUUUAUGUUAUCGUAUUCAGUUUUAGAGUUUUGUCUUGUCUAUCUUGCCAUCGCUGUACUAAUUGCACUCUGAAACAUUGUGUGCUCUUUUUCUUCACAGUCCAUUGCAAUCGAUUCUUUGGUCUGUUUUUUCCCUUGAGCAUUUAUUUCGAAACACCAAGGUUGCGGUGGGGUUGGACACAAAUGAUUAAUGGAGAGAUUUUAGUGAAGGGAUGGGUGGGAAUGUUUGCAGAAACAUGGCAAAAUCUCAAUAAAGGCUUUGUCUCUAUGUCCAUGAUUGGUCUUUGGUUAAAAAAAAGUCAAAAUCAUUUGUAAAUUCCUGCUUUCUAUAGAAAGGGGAAAAGAUCCUGCUUUUUUAAAUGUGACAACAACAGUCCACACACAUAAUUCUGUUCUUUAUGUAAAUAAAAUCUGUUGAUUAAUAAUAAG